AUAAAAUACAUCUUAAGGGAUGAGGAUGAUGAUUGUCUGGUUACAGGGUACAAGUUCAUUAAGAACAUAUCAAUUUUAUAGUGUGAUACAUUAGCAAUCAAGGAGGGUUGUAGAAAUGAGAGGAACAAUACAUGAACAUGUAAUAUACAGUUUCAGUGUCUCAAUUUUAUGCAUUAGAGCAUCGUAUUAGGCCCCAUCAACCAAUAAGAAAUUAUUCAUUUUACAUUAAUCAUAUUAAUCCUAGGAUCUUAAUGCCUACAAAUCCUUUUAUCAAUUAAAAUAUAAAAAUUAUCAUGUAUCUCAAAUUUUAUAAAAAUUCUAGAUUUCAUAAAAAUUGUAUUAAUUAAAACAUAGCUUGAAUCCUUUUCAAUAGGAGAGGAGGAAAGAUGUCAUAUAUGGUAUAAAUCCUCAUUUUAAUUUCGUAAAUAGUAUUUAAUUAACAUACUGUUCCAUUAUUGCUUUUUAAAAUAAGGAAUAAUCUUGACGUCUGAAAAUUUUUAUUUCCAUUCUAUAGAACACUCAUUAGAAAACAAAUUAUGCUGGGAUAUGACAUAUCAGUAAUUAAGGGAUAAUUUAUUUAGGAAAUAAUAAAGAAAUAUGCUGAUUAUAACAUAUAAGCCGGACCGCCUCCAUCUUGUAUAAAUCGAUAUGAAACCAAGCCUUGCAGGUCUCAGCCUAAAGCAUCACAGUUUCUCAUAGCCCACAGCAUCAUGGGCAAGAGCAGACUGGGUUUAAAGAGCAAUGCUUUGAAAAGACAGAAGGACUUCUUCAACAAAGAUCAAUCCAGGCUUGAACGUAAUGAGCUCACAUAUAGCGAAGAGUUCGGUGGUGCUUCCUCAACAGCUCCAUCUGGUUAUGUUGCUGAUCACAAUUCCUUGACCAAUUUGUUACAAUGUGAGAAUUACUUAGAAGAUUUAUGCCAUAAGAGGAAAUCUAUAAGAGAGGAAGCUUUGCAAAAGCUUAUUGUGGAGUUUGAAAAGCAAGUGCUGAAUGAGUUUGUUCAAAGCAGAUAUAUAACGUUAACAUAUCGAUGUUUAAAAUUAAUGACAAAGGGUCCCACAACUGAAGCUUAUUUAGCUUGUCGUGUCAUUGGAUUACUGGCUCUCACUGUUGACAAUGGCAAUGCUGCACAUGAGAUAAUGAAAGAAUCAGUUCCACAACUUUGUGAAGCUUUCAAAUCUGGCUCCAAUGCAUUCAAAAUACUGGUGUUACAAUGUCUGGCUAUUGUCACCUUUGUUGGUGCAAGUAGUCCAGAUGAGGUGCAGCUUUCAAUGAAAUAUAUAUGGGAGACAUGCAAUUCAGCAGAUUCUACCAACACUGUGUUAGCUGCAGCAUUAUCUGCAUGGUCAUUUCUCCUUUCAGCCAUUGAUGGGUGGAGGAUACAUUCGGAGUAUUGGAAGGGGUCUAUUUUGUUCCUUUCGACUUUAUUGGAAAAAGAUCAGCAUUCUCUUUGUGUGGCUGUUGCUGAAGCUGUGGCCCUUAUUUCUGAAAUAGAUAGAAUAAAUAAUUUUUCCGAAGAAGCAUGCACUACUUCUGUUGAAUCACUAAAAUGCAAGUUAUGUGCGGAAGUCAAGAAGCUUUAUGAGGAGUGUGAGGAUAUAAUCCAUGAUAAAGAAUUCUUGCAAAACAUCCUGCAGUAUUUUGAGACUGGUGUAUUUGAUGAAGUUAUAAUGAAGACUUCUAGUCAAGAUGUGAUUUUAAAGGUGUCAAAGUGGAGUCAAAUGAUACAGGUGAGGCACAUUAAGCACUUCCUUCAAAGUGGCUUUUCAAAGCACAUGAAGGACAAUGAGCGACUUCAUGAUAUAUUUAAGUUCAUAGAAGUAAUUCAAGGAAAUCGUCCAGUUGAAAAGAUAUUUGUGCUAACAUCUGCUGAUCCAAAGGAAAGGACCAUGCUGAGAAAUAGACAACGAGCGUUGUCUCAGAUGAAGCAUUUCUCGGAUUUAUGCCUAUGAAGAAUAUAUCUACAAUAUGGAUUGAAUUGAUGAUGCAUGAAUCUUGCCACAUAAUCAACCAACUCAAGAAGAGCACAGAGAAGUUCUCUCUUGUUUCAUAGCAACAUUAACAGAUUAAUAGAAUUUGACAAUUUAUUAUGAUUCCAUUACUUUGUAAUUGAUAAUUUCUGGUGCAUGGAAGACAAUCUAAGUUAAUUUGCUUGAUUAGAAAGUAAUACUAAUAUUAUUAUGAUCUUUUUCUCAUUCA